AGGAUCAGAAGAAGAAGCAGGGGAAGGACCGGAGGAAGAACCGGGGGAAAGACCGGGAAGGCUCGAGGGAAGGACCGGGGAAAGGAUCAGAGGAAGGACCGGAGGAAGGACUGGAGAAAGGACCGGGAAGGCUGGGGGGCAGGACCAGAGGAAGCAGCGGGAGAGCUCGGGGGCAGGAUCAGAGGAAGAACUGAGAGAAGGUCCUAAGGAAGCUCCGGGAAGGCUCGGGGGCAGGAUCACAGGAGGAACCGGGGGAAGGUCUUAAGGAAGCUCCGCAGGGCUCGGGGGCAGGAUCAGAGGAAGCCCGGCGAGGCUCGGGGACAGGAGCAGAGGAAGCAGCGGGGGAAGGUCCGAAGGAAGCCCGGCGAGGCUCGGGGGCAGGAGCAGAGGAAGCACCGGGGGAAGGUCCGAAGGAAGCCCGGCGAGGCUCGGGGACAGGAGCAGAGGAAGCCCGGCGAGGCUCGGGGGCAGGAUCAGAGGAAGCCCGGCGAGGCUCGGGGGCAGGAGCAGAGGAGGGCCGGGCAGGCAGGAUCAGAGGAAGCCCGGCGAGGCUCGGGGGCAGGAGCAGAGGAGGGCCGGGCAGGCAGGAGCAGAGGAAGCGCGGCGAGGCUCGGGUGCCGCCCCGGAAGGCGCCGUGCCGCAGCCAUGGUGGUGCUGAGCGCGGCGCGCUGGGUGCGCAGCCGCCUCUCGGAUCGCUUCUGGAGGGUGCAGGAGGUGCUCAAGUACGCGCGGCAUUUUCGUGGCAGGAAGAACCGCUGCUACAAGCUGGCAGUGAGGAGCGUCCGCAGGGCUUUCGUGAAGUCCACCAAGGCCAGGAGGGAGAAGAAGAGAUUCCUCAGAGCGCUCUGGAUCACAAGGAUUGAAGCAGCUUCCCUUGAACAUGGUUUGAAGUACCCAGCCUUCAUAAGCAACCUGGUCAAGUCCCAGGUGGAGCUGAACAGGAAAGUUCUGGCAGACUUGGCUAUUUAUGAGCCAAAAACAUUCAAGUCCCUGGCAGCUUUAGCCCAGAGGAGGAGACAGGAAGGGUUCCUGGCUGCCCUGGGAGAUGGAAAAGAACCAGAGGGGAUAUUUUCACGUAUUGUGCACCACCACUAUUGAUAUCAGAGUCUGUGUGCAAGUUUUAGAAGCAGGGAUUUAAUCAUGAAGCAAACCUGUCAUGGGACUGCUGCUGAAAUGGAAAAUGUGGAACAAAUCCUCUGAGGAUCGCGUGGGUGAAGCUUCUCCUUGAUGGCUUUUUCCCUGUGUUGUUGUCACUGAAACCUGUUAAAUUAAAAGCGCACUUCAAGGUUAGCAGUCAGGCCAUACAGUGACUUAAUAAAGGUUUGUUUUUUGGUUUUUUUUUGGUAACUGCUCCUAGGAAAAAACUUAAUUUGUGUGGUGAAUUCUGAACGGGGAGAACGCAGCUGGGAUGGGGAGAAAUGUUGACCCUCACAGGUGAAGCCUGGGUGUUAAGGACACACAUAGUUUAUACUUUUAAGGAUUUAAUAAAGACAUUUUUAUUGCAAACUC